AUGCCUGUCGACGAAUCCAUCUAUGCUUUCUCUGGUGCGCUCACCCUGAAACAAGUGCAAACCCGCUCCGCCGCCGCCUGCAUGAGCUCACUCAAGAUAUCCCCCCACCCACACGAAAUGCUGGCAGUAGGCGACACGAAGGGAGUCUUGACAAUCCACUGGAUGAAUAAAAACCUGGAGAUAUUCCGCAAGAAAAUGGUAAGGCGCGGUCGCCAAUCAGUCGCCAUCAGAGCCCUGGCUUGGAAUCCACAACAACCGAACAAACUAUAUGUUGGGUUUGCGAACGGGGAUCUCAUUGGUUAUAAGCUACGAAUUGAUGUCCACGACACCGGCCACGAGGACCCAUCUUCAUUUCUGACUUUCGGAAGGGCAAUUCAUGACGUCGCCCUCCCGCCGUCUGGAACUGAUAUUUUUCUGUUGUUUGGAACCUCGUUAGCGGUUGUCCGCCAGGGAACUCGGGCGCACUCAACCAUUCCAAUGCCCCCUGAGUCUCGCCCAAUUCGGCUUAUCCUUGACGUGACUUGCGUCGUUGUAAUAUUUAUGGUCUCCGAGCCUGGGGUUCUGCCAGCGGCCAUUGCCUACGAUCUUCACUCGUAUGAAAUACGCUGGAAGUUGUUUGCCUUCUGCAAUGAUAUGAUCCUUGCAGGAGCAAUUUCUCCCCAACAUAUGAAGAUCACUAUUCUGCAUGCUACGAAGGGCGUGGAAACAUAUACCCUACCCAAUCUCGGCCAUAUCUCUACUGUAUUCGCUGCACGGAAGUUCUCUGCCACAGUUGAUAUUACGUAUGUCGAUCGCGGUACAUUUGUCUGCGGUAGCUUGACUGGGGGUCUUCUAUUUGCGAACGGGACUUCCGGCAAAACCUUUGAAAUGAAGGCGACAGCGAGAGCCACGUAUAUGCUUGCUCGACUGGUAAGCUAUAUCUUUUCACUGUACAUGCAAAAUAUGACUUGA